AUGUCUACAGAAGAAGACCUUCGGCAAAGGCUCAAGCAAGUUGAGCAGGCAUAUGCGAAUGAGCGCCGCGAAAGGGAGCGUGAGCAACGUGAAAAGGAGCAUGAGCGCCGCGAAAGGGAGCGUGAGCGACGUGAAAAGGAGCAUGAGCGCCGCGAAAGGGAGCGUGAGCGACGUGAAAAGGAACAGGCACAGGGUUUCCUCCGAAACACAACACUUCAUGAAUACUUAGCAGCCAGCCAGGAAUAUGUCUUGUCUAAAGUCCGUCUCUCCACCGAUGGCUACCUCACUACCACAGCUCCUACUACCAACCCUGCUAGAAAGCACUGCCCAACUCUUCUUACGCCUUGGGAUGACUUUAUCUCGAUACAAACCGACACAAUCCAGCUCAUAGACCGCAUUUUUCCUCGCGACCGGCAACUUUUCGAGAGCUUGAGUUUUCUCCAGGCUAUGGGCGAUCGCAUGGAUGGGGUGAUACGCGGCGAAACUUCUCUUGUUCACGCUCAGCACAAUACUAUCGAAGUUCCUGUGCGGAUCAUCUUGUCUAAGAUCAACGCGUUUCAACUUGACAAGCAUAACCUCAUCAUUCCUGAAGAGAUCAAUUUCCAGACAUCCGCGAAUAAUCUUCGUGACUCGGAAGAUAAGAGGGACACUGUAAAGCGAGACGCAAAGCUACGGACGGACCAGAUCUGCGUAUUCCGAAACUCAACUCAGAGGGACAUUGCAUACGUCAUCGAAUACAAAGCACCUCACAAACUCCAUACGUCGCACCUCGAGCAGGGCCUCCGACGGAUGGACAUCUUCGACGAGGUUGUCAACAGGAUCACGAUACCGACGGCUGACAAGUUCAAGCACUACGCGGAAAUUCUCUCAGCAGCGGCGAUCACGCAGACAUAUCACUAUAUGCUAGAGGCUGGGUUAGAAUACGGGUACCUGACCAACGGCGACGCAAUCGUCUUUCUAAAGAUUAACUGGGCCGACCCAGCGAUCCUCUACUACCAUCUAGCGCAGCCGUUACGUGAGGUUAUUGUGAACGAAGAUGCGGCUUAUAGCAACUCUCUCUGCCAAGUUCUUGCAUUUACCGUGCUUGCCCUCCAAUCGUCACAGCACAAUAAUGAUGAACGGCUAGCGGCAACGGACAAAUGUCGAAAAUGGGAGGUUGAUUUUGGCUGUACUCUGGACAAAAUCAUCAAGGAGGAGGAGAGGGAGGCCGCGGCCGACCCCACUAGAGGAAAGAAGCGCUACCGUACGCCGAGCAGCCCUGGUUGGGUGCCGAGAACGAUCAAGAGGAUCAGGCGAGACCCGAGGCAGCAGCCCCCACGCGAGGUGUCAGACCGGGUACUUCGAUCUCACAGACGCGACGGUCCUGGAGGAGCAGGCUCCGGCGAGGGGGGUUCUAGCGGGGGCACUUCUGGUGGUGAUAGUGGCGAUAGUGGUGGUAGUGGCGGUGGCUCAGGCGAGACUGCCGGUGGUUCCCAGGGAAGUGCCACUAUCGGGUCCUCAUCACGACCAGCACCCGGCGGCGUCGGCGAUGGACAGGAGAAGCCCAGGGAGUACUGCACGUCGACAUGUCUCCUGUCGCUCGUGGGUGGCCGACUUCUGGAUAACGAAUGCCCCAAUGCGGUGUUGCACCGCGAUACAACGCAGGCCGAACCUAGGCAUGCCGUGUCGCAUUCGCAGUUUAUGGACCUACUAAGGCAGCAGCUAUCUCAGAGCCUAGACAAGGGCGUCAGGGUUCUAGGGAAAGAGGGUGGCUGCGGUGCCUUAUUCCAGAUAACGCUGCUGCGGUAUGGCUACACCUUCAUAGCCAAGGGUGUCACUGGGGGACGCGUGCCCGAGCUAGAGAAGGAGGUAGCCGCGUACCAGAAACUGCAGCCUCUACAAGGACAUGGCAUUCCGGUGUGCCUCGGUUCCGUCGAUCUCAAGCCACUAGGUCAGGUAUACUUUUACGAUCUCGACGUGCGCAUCAUACGCUUCAUCUUCCUGUCCUACGGCGGCAUCGAGGUUGAGGCACGCGGGGACGAAUCCAGGGCCCGCAUCAUCAGCACGGUCACCUCCAUCCUCGAUCAGAUGCACAGCCUCGGGGUGGCUCACGGUGACGUUCGAUGGCCAAACGUGCUGCAAGGCCCCGACGGAAAGAUCAAUAUAGUCGACUUUGACCGUGCUGUGAUCCUACCAGCCAAGAGUCGAGAUACCCCCAGUGCAAUCUCGCACAACAAGCGGAGGCGGCUCGUGGGCUCUGACGGGGAAGAAGAGGCUGCCUCGCCGACGAGGAGAAAGCGGCUCCUCCAGCAGGCCAUUCGGCACGCAAUUCAGCAGGACAAUAGCAAUGCACAGCAUCUCUUCUCUCUCGAUUGCGGCAGAAUCAUCCAACAGGAUGGGUUAUGA